UUUGAGAAGAGUUUUUCAUGUCAAGGACUGCUCCAGCCACAGUGCUACACAAAUCUGUAGGUUUUGGAUUAACUGAGAUAAGACAAUGGAAGAGAAAGAGCUGAGUGAUCCCCUAAACAACAUAUCACUGAUUAAAGAUGAUCUCACUAGGUCAAAUAUGGGGUCCUCAAGUGACUACGAAAAAACAAUCCAGCGCUUGAAUGAUGAACUUGGAAAGGCCCAGGAUCAGGCCAACGCAGAGAGGCACAAAUGCAUGGAGCUAGAAGGUAUCCUCGAUAAAGAGAGAAAAGACAAGAAACAACAAGCUGAUGAAUCUGCAAAACAGAUCAAAUUUCUUCAAGGCCAGCUGCGGCAGCUCCAAGAUGAAAUGGAUGUCCUCAGAGAGCAGACAGACGUCUCUCCUAGUUUACAUGACGAGCUACAAAGUUCACGUGAUGAGGUGACGUCACUGAAACGCGCACUGAAGGCAGCUUCCGCUGAGCGGGACCGUGACAUCAGCGCAAUUGAGUUUAACCUGGCAACGGUCUCCAAGGAUUUGGACAAAUGGCGUCAGACUGCCAGCGAAUACGAGUGUGAGCUCAAUGACCUACAGCAGGAUCUGCAGCAGCAGGGCAAGCAAUGGCAGAAAACUGCAGAAAUACAAGCCAAUGAGCUGCAGUCCCUGCAGGUGGAGUGUAAUGGCCUUCAGAAGGAGUGUUCUAGUCUGAGAGCUGAGAAACAGGAAUUAGAGAAUAAGCAUCAGAAAGAAAAGGGCAUUCUGCAAAGUGAGUGCACUUCCCUCAGGGCAGAGGAAGACGAACUCCAUAAGGUCCACCAGAAAGAGAAGGGAAACUUGCAGCAAGAAAAUGUCGCACUGUGUGCUAAAAAUGAGGCAAUGCAGCAGAAACAGCAGCAGAUGGAGAAAGACCUUGUCAGUGCGCGUGCCCAGAAUGCAGAGCUGAGCAACAGUCUAAAAGACCUUGAGAGAACUCAGCAGGAGUUGGAAAAGAAGCUGGUGGCUUUGGAGCUCAAGCACCAACAGGAUAGCAGCAAGCUACGGAGCCAACUGGAUGAGGCAGAUAGCUGCAGGGUGACACUGCAGGGAGAGUAUGAGGAGACCAAGACGGAGCUGACUGAUCUAAAGGGAGAAUAUGAGAAGGCUGAGCAGGAGAAGCAGUCACUUGUCAAUGAACUGCAGGACUGCAAAGCCAACAUGAAGGAAUUAGAGGAGAAAGGAACAAAGAAGCCAUGGAUGAUCUGGGGGCCUGUGGUUGCUGUGGCUCUAACAGCUGUGACUGCUGCUGCACUCUUUAAGACCUGAGGGCCACACAUACGUGGCUCACACACACAAACCCACUUCACAUGCACACAGCAAAUCUACAGGUAGUUGUCGUAAGAUUUCUCUAUACUGAAAGUGACAUACAUGACACAUAAUAUUAUCUGCACUGUUAAUUAGGAAGAGCCAUACUUACCACUGUUUAAAUACCUUGAAAGUUUUAUUUUGGAUGAAAGCUGUGUUAAUAAAAGAGUCGUUUAAAUAUUUGUUUGCAAAUGACUAGUUGAAUAUCUUUUGGCCGAUUUGAACAAAUAUUGAGCUGUAAGAUGUCCAUUAAUGAAUGUAUAUAUUGUCUACACACUAAUUGUAAUUAUAUAAAAUAAUAGUUUGGAUGGCUUAUUUGCAGCUAAAGCCUGCCAUAAUAUAAGUGUGUAGUUGUCAGCACAAUAAACAUUGUC